AUGCCGACCCUUGAUGAGACAGAUGAGACGUAUCGGAAAGUAUGGAACAGUUCUUCGUUUACGUCCUUCUUGAUGCUCGAUUACCUUCGCUCCCUUGGCCAGACGAGCUGGUCGGAUUUCAUUUCGUCGAAAGCCUUCAAUGCUCCGUUGAAGGGUCGAAUUCGGACCAUUGUGGACAGUUUGCCGGAAGCGGCGAUUGAUAAUAUAUGCAAGACUGGCUCGGGAAGGUGCACAACGUUUACGUUUACAGUGAUUCGAAAUAUGAGCGACGGGGGUAGAGACUUUAUGAUGGCAGGUAGAAGAAAUCAUAGGGCAACCUUCACAACGGAUGGGGUUGUCGUAGAUCCCAGCGCCUGCAAAGUGUUCAAGCUUGUUGAUUCUGAUAUGCAUACUGCACCGGAUAAAAGAACAUGGAUGAUGGAAAAUAUUGAAUCGGAUACUGCAAAGCUAUAUUACACACCCAAUAUCGACGAAAACGAUGUUCACUGGGAAGGCUUCAACCGAUUUGAGUCUCACUAUGAUGGCAUGAAAGUAUGUCUUAAUCAGCUACUGACGGCGAAUAGUUUUGUUCUCUUGUUCCGUUCAUGUAUGGAAGACGGGACGCUCAAGUUUGACGGAAUGUUGCGCUGGAUUCCGAAGGACAAUGUCAUGAUUUGGACGGAGGAUAUAGAGCAUCAAGGCAGUAUUUGCAGAAAGACCAGCUGA